CAGCAAAAUCCACAACCUUCCUUUGCCUACUCGACAACAAAAUCUCUCUUCCAAUAAUGACUCAACAUCUCGAUGCCCAUGCCCGUCCGCCUGAUGCUUUGCGUUUGCAAUACAAGCACUAUCAGAAAGCCUCGAUCCACGCGCUAGAUCAAGACCCUGUCCUGUUUGAUGCUCACCGUCGCAAUCUGAACGCCUAUGACGACCGCAAUUUCCAUCAAAGAGAGCCUGAAGCCAUUCAAAACAUCUAUUCUCGUUUCCUUGGCGAACCUGCCAAUAUACCACCCACGUCGAUUCAAUCUGCCAAACUUUACGAACACCCGGACGUGCCAGGUCUUUUCAUAAUACCAUCACUACUUCCCAAAGAAGUCCAGCUCUCUUUGCUGGACAAGCUACUACAUCGCGACCUCUCCAAUGCCACUCACAAGACAAAUCUACACAUACACUAUGAUAUUGCGUACCCCCAGAAGUCUGAUGGAAGUCCGGCUUCUUUCUUCUCCAACCAAGCGCAUAACACAUCUCAUCAACCCAAGGACUCUGCCGUCCACAAACCUCUAGCCAUGUCUUCUUGCCUAAAUAGGAAAUUGCGUUGGGUCACUAUUGGCGGCCAAUACGACUGGACCCAGAAGGUCUACCCUUCGUCAGCACCGCCGCCAUUUCCUGAAGAUGUCGCUUUUCUGGUAGAGGGACUAUUCCCAUCCAUGAAAGCACAAGCCGCGAUAGUUAAUCUCUACACGCCGAGUGAUACAUUGAGUCUACAUCGAGAUGUAAGCGAAGAAUGCGACAGGCCACUAGUCAGCAUUUCUCUGGGAUGCGAUGGAAUUUUCAUGGCGGGCUUAGAGGGUGGGAAGGGUCUUGCGAUACGCCUACGCUCAGGAGAUGCGGUUGUCAUGUCGGGUCCAUCGAGAUAUGCCUGGCACGGUGUUCCGCAAAUAGUGGCAGGGACAUGCCCAGAGUGGAUGGCAGAUUGGCCUUGCAGAGAGAGCACUGGCGAAGAGACGCAUGAACACUGGAAAGGAUGGAUGGCACGGAAAAGGAUCAAUCUCAAUGUCAGACAGAUGUGGGAAUGAUCAGAUCCGAUCAUGACUCGUUGAAUACUGAGUGUCAUUCGGAGCACCAUUGAAUUACAUAUUUCAUGAACCAUCAAUGUUCCCAAACAUCGAAGGGGGCCUCUGUUCGCAGCUU